AUGCAUCCUGGCGGUAACAAGUUAUAUCGAGAUCUUCGUGAGCUAUACUGGUGGCCAGGGUUGAAACGCGAAGUUACUGAAGGUAGCUGGGAGGAUUAUUUGCCAUUGGCAGAGUUUACUUAUAACAACAGCUACCAGUCUAGUAUUCGAGUGGCAUCGUUCGAGGCGUUGUAUGGUCAUAGGUUUCGUACUCCUACCUAUUGGACUGAGCUGGGUAAGCGGCAAAAGUCUUAUGCAGACUUGAAGCGUAAAGAGAUCGAGUACUUUGUGAGGGAUUAUGUCUUUCUCAAGAUCUCACCAUGGAAGAAAAUUUUGAGGUUUGGGCGGAAAGGCAAGCUUAGCCCUAGGUUUAUUGGACCUUACCAAAUACUUAGGCGGGUGGGACUGAUAUUGGAUCGUGAUUUUAAGGUAUUAAGAAAGAAAUCUGUUCCACUGGUCAAAGUGCUUUGGCGUAAUCACGGUUCAAAGGAAGCCGCAUGGGAGCCUGAGGAGGCGAUGCGACAUCAAUACCCUCACUUAUUCUGA